UUGAAUGCAUGACUUUGAUCUUUACAUCUUGUUCAUGAUAAUGGUGUUGACUGUGGAAAUAAGAAAUCAACUGUAGUUGAUCAGUGAGAGCUUUGUUUGUGUCGCAGCUCCUGCCUGCCGCGAGCAUGGAGCCUAUUGUAGCUCCAGCCACCUCGAGUGAGCGUCGUUCGAAGGACAUGCCGCUGAUGGCGCAGCGAUUCCAGGGAGGCAGCAAUCCUUUCGUCGUGGGCUUCGAUGUCACUGAGAAGAGCGUGGAGGAGGCAAGACGCAAGCGAAUGCAGCGCUUUGGCAAGGAGCUCCAGCCUUCAGCGUCGGCACAGCCAGCGAGUGAAGAAGCAAUGGAUGAGGAGGGUGCAGGCAGCGGAACCGAUUCUCAGUCUGCCCCGUUUGAUCCAGACAGCUUUCCCGAAGACGUGCCGGAGGGCAAUGGGUAUGAGCGACCGGACGCGCUGUACGUGUUUGGCGUGGACGACAUGAGCACGUCGGACGUGAUGAAAGUCUUCCAGACCUACAGUCCCAAUCACCUUGAGUGGGUCAACGAUCAGUCGUGUGUUAUCGUAUGGGAGGAUACAUUCUCAGCCAAGCGAGCUCUGUUUGCUCUCGGCCGCUGGGAAUUAGAUCGUUCAUCAGGCACGGCUACACGAGGAGAGGACUCUUCCACCGACUUGUCCUCUUCACUCACAAGCGACACAGGGGAGGACGGUUCACGGAGGAAGCCUAUCGUUGCUCCCGUUCCUGAACCCGUCUGCUGGAGGGUGACCGCUCCCGUGCGCAACACCCGCAAUCUUCUUAUCCGCCUGGCAAAGGAUGGUGACCGCAAGAGAAAGGGUGCUGCGAAGCAGAGCGAUUACUAUCGACGACACGGGAACCCGCACACGGGUCAGGCUGGUGCAGUCAACUUGUCGGAGUUGAGAGCUCGGCGUGCCAAGAAGCGACCGCACGAGGACACCGAGGAAGCUUCAAUGCACGCCGCCGAGGAUGCACCGAGCGCACCACCAGUGGCGCACGAAACGACGGAGAUCAAACGGGAAGAAGAGGACGAGGAGGACGCACAGAACGCCCACCUACUCAUCGAGGUCAGCAACACGAAAGCCGACGCACCUCCGCCACAGCAGCAGCCUGGCAGCUCGACCAGCGACAGCUCCAGCAGCUCCGACAGCGAAGACGACGACGACGAUGAUGAGGAAACGAUGCCUGUCGCCGCUGGCAGUGCAACGAAACCAGGCAACGUCCAGACGCUGACGAUCAAAGUGGAGCAGGACUCGGACGACGACAGCAGUGCUGCGCGGCGUCACCACGCGGCUAGCCGUGGCACUCCCUCUCCCCGCCCGUAUCGCUCGCCGUCACCGAAGCGUGUUCGUCACCGCGCGGAUGCUGCUCGCACCAGCGUGGACACUGCAGCGCCGUCGUCAUCGGCGGCACCUCACACCGACCCGGACCACACGGAGAAGAUGUGCAUUACGAUAACGGUGGACCGCCAGGCGGAGGAGCGGGAGCGACAGAGGCAGCAGCGCGAGCAGAAUCGCCUGCUGGACGAGCAGCGGGAAGCCAUCCUGGAGCGGCGACGCCAGAGGGAGAAGCUCGGACACAAACCGGGUAACCUGUCAUCAGUGGUGGUUCGGCCAAACAGCUCACGAUCGCACGGCUCGCAGCAGCAGCAGCAGCACGCAGCAUCAAACUACGAGAGUUCCGAGUACGAGCCGCACCACCGCUCUCUGCCACCCGUCAAGCACGAAGACGAGGCGGAGGAAGACGGUCGCCGUGACGACUAUCGUGCCUCCGGCAGCAACGACCUUCGCCACCGUCUGCGCCGUAACCGGAAAGAGCAGGCGUCCUCUGCUGGCGUGCUGUCAUCCGGCCAGGGACGCUUCAAAGCGCCUAUGCCCGGCUCCUUAACGAUCACGUGCGAGUUUGAAGACCGGUAAAACGGUCCGCUUGCGUCCGAGCUGUAACUACCGUGAACUACUGUUAGUUUAAAGCUGCACUUCUUUGGGCCCCGCAUGAUCCCCUGUGGCCAUCGUUUGCGCCUGACUUUACGUCGGGAUGCACCGGCCGUUUGUGUAUUGCCCGACGGACAACGGUGCGACUUCCAGUGCGAAUUUAGCUCGUGCCCGGGACGUCCUGUGAGUGUGAGGCUAGGGGUGGAAGCUGACACGGCACUGCUGCUGCGCUGCCACUGAAGCUGGCCACGGCCAAGAACGCUAAGCCUUUCUUCGGGCUGCGGGCGUCGUUGGCGCGUCAUGUAUCACACAUGUGGCGCGGCGGUAAGCCAAACUUAUCUGCCACAGCAACCGAGCAGUUUGCUUUACGUGCUGCCGGUACACGUUUCCAGGUUGUCUACUUUUGUGGCUGAUUCUAGCCAGCGAUGUUUUUCGUCCGCUUUCCUUUCCUUGCUUGUCAUCUGCUUUCUGCGUCGUAUCUUGUUUGAUGUCGUGUCACGUAGUUGCUGCCGCAGUUUUGGUUCUAAUGUAUUUUCGAAGAAUGCAUGUAUCACUCGCACUGCUUGCCUGUGUCAUGACUGCAGUUGCAGUAGCGACUGCACUGGUCGGAGUCUCUCUCUCUCUCUCUCUCUCUCUCUCUCUCUCUCUCUCUCUCUCUCUCUCUCUCUCUCUCUCUCUCUCUCUCUCUCUCUCUCUCUCUCUCUCUUUCUCCCUCUCUCACUCACUCACUUAUGACUGUCUUUGUUUCAUGCCAACUGAUGUUGCAGCGCAUGCGCGUUUCGAUUGGACGCCUCUAGGCGGCUGGCGCAAGCGUGCUGUUGAACGCUGCUAUGUUCCAUUUGCCAUUUCGAAUAUAUUCCUCACGCAGUCUGUGUCUAAACUCCAUGCUCGAUGAUUUAAUUAUUUUUCUGCAUUGGUGCGUUGCUUGCGCUUCUCCGUUCAUGAGGUGUGUGCCUUGUGAAUGGACCCAAUGGAGUGACUACUGCACGACCUAUUCACAUGAUAAAACUGGAAUCUUCAGCCGAUGAUGGAGAACCCUGGCCAUUGCCUGCAACAAGA